AUGGAAACUAGAUGUGAGGACGUCAGGGAGCCUUUCUCCUUCGUCCCUAGUGACCAGCCCUGCCGCAGCCGAGAUAUCCAGGCUACAGACACAAUGGCAGUGGCAUCUACUGACGGUGAACAGAAAGAGUGUGGCCUGCGGGUCUCUGUCACCAGCAUCACCCUGUCCCGAGGGCCCAUCCCAGCAGACAUUGCACAGGGCCUGGCAGUGUAUCGCCGCAAGAUUGACCCAGAGUCGUCCCCUCGGGACUCUCCUCCACUCGGGGCUUCCUCCAGCAACUCCUGUGCGCGCGUCCAUCCGGGUCUCCCUCAGCGAGAUCAGCCAGGAGUUGGACGCGGUGCUAAUCCGAACUGGCGUGCUCCCGACAGAGUCCCUGAUCAUCGUGCGGACAGAGGAAGUACCCGAGAUGAUUGUGUUCCAGGCUGAUCCCCUAUUGGCUGAGAACGCAGUCCCUGUCAGGUCUGUUAGUCUGAUUUGUCCCUCUCCUUCUGCAGUGAGAGUGGAGAUCCGAUCUUCCAUGCUGGCUUGUCCCCCUACUGCUGCAACCGUGGAGACACAAUCCUCCAAUCUGAUUUGUCCUUCUGUGGUCACAGUGGAGACCGAAUUGGCCAAUAUGUUAUCACCUGCUGCAGUGACAGUGGAGGCCGACUCUUACGUUGUGACUUGUCCCCCUACUGCAGUGACCGACGAGAUCAUGGCCCAUGUUUCUGUGUGCCUUUCUGUUGUAUCACUAGAGGAGACCAGCGUCCCCAGUGUGCAGCUCCCACCUCCCACUACUGCCUUAACAGAGGAAACUCAGUCCCAGUCUGCUCCACCAUGCCUACCCACCCUCACGGCCGCAGGAGACAUUAGAACCUCCUUCCUGGUCUACCUUUCACUGCCUGUUCCAGAGCUGGCCAACACCCCCGGUCUGGUGUGCCAACUGGGCCUGGGACAAGAGGAGGCCAAGAGCCUCCCUUUCCUGUGUGUCCCUAUGAGCUCAGUUGACAUUCCCAGUGCCCCAAGUCUUGUGGCUGCCAGCCCGGCACCAGCUCAGACUGUGGCUUCGGCUCCUGACCAUGAUGCACUGCAACGCCCUGGAGCACAACAUCCCCAUGUACCAGGACUGUGGCCAGUACUCUAGCAGCUGCCACCCCGCUCCCAGUCAUCCCACGGCGGCCUGCAAACCCACCACAUGGCUGAGCCCCGUUGCCCCGCUCACAACCUGGGCACCUCCUUCCCUCAGCCCCAGUCCUGCUACUCUGACCCCGUCUUCCACUUUCCCCAGCAGUACCGCCUGAGGGGAAACCCCCUCCCAGGUGAGGCAGCAGACCCAGGGCCUGUGCCCUCUCCAGUGCCCACUCCUGCAGCAGCGCCACAGCUCCCUGCUCUCGUGUGGGCACCAGGAGGAGCUGAGCUGAGCAGGGUGGGCUCCUCACGCUGGGUCCCUGUCACCAACGAGGGACAGAACCAGGGAGGGGUAGAGCAGAAGGACAGCAUCCGCAGAUGCGCAUCGCUUCACAGCAAAGGAUCAGACACACACGCAAACACCAAUCAAAGUAGCUAA